AUGCUGUGCUACGUGGUAAGGAACGUGCUCUUGGUUUAUCUGGCCGGCGCAUCGAUACUGUACCGACUGACAUGGUCGUUUGAAGGGGCGUCCAUACCGGAAAGUUUGACGAAAAAUUUCUACAAAGUGUUCCAAAACGAGGCCACGCGUGGAUUUCUAGAAAAGGAAAGUAAACUGAAAGCGGUUGAUGAGGAUCCAGAGUAUGAUUUCAUUGUCGUUGGUGCGGGCAAUGCUGGUUCGGUAGUAACCAAUCGGUUGACGGAACGGCCCGACUGGAACGUUCUACUCCUGGAGGCGGGAACCCUUGGAAGUGUGUGGUACAACAUCCCGAUCGGAUUGCAAGUGGCGCAAGUGUCACAGUUCAAUUGGAAGUUCCUUAGCGAGCCUCAGCAUCAUGCCUGUUGGGGUAUGGAGAAUAAUCAGUGUGCGAUCGAUUCCGGCAAAGGUGUCGGCGGAUCGACGUUGAUCAACGGGUUGUUACACACUCGAGGAAAUCGCGACGAUUACGAUCGGUGGGCGAGGGCCGGUAACGUAGGAUGGAGCUACGAUGAUGUGUUGCCUUACUUCAAAAAGUUUGAAGGACUCAAGAGUCCCGACGUGGACCAAGGUUUUCACUCGACAAACGGUCCAGUAAAUAUCGAGUUUUCACCGUUUCUGAGCGAUCACGGGAAGCUGUUUCUCAAUGCGGCCUUAGAGUCUGGAUACGCCAGGCUAGACUACAAUGGUCGGAGUCAAUUUGGAGUGUCGCAGGUGCAAGGAACCAGCGUUUAUGGUCAACGUACCACUGCCUAUAAUGCGUACUUGGAAACGAUUCUACAGCAGCGCAAGAACUUAAAGUUGAGAGUGAACAGUUUUGUGACGAAGAUUUUAAUCGAUCCGGGAACUCGGCGAGCGUAUGGAGUUGAGUAUCUAAAUAACAAUGUCACUCGACGGGCGUACGCUAAGAAGGAAGUUAUCCUAUCUGCCGGAGGAAUUGUUUCACCGAAAAUCCUGAUGUUGUCCGGUGUUGGACCGAGGAGCCACCUUAAGGAGCACGGCAUACGUGUCAUUGCCGAUCUACCCGUCGGGAUGCGCUUCCAAGAUCAUCUGGCAUUUUCGGGGCUACAGGUGGUACUAGAGAACACGGCCUACUUCGCGCCAGGAGAUAUUAUAACGGUACAGAAUGCGGUCCAGCUUCUUCGUGGAACUGGAGUUCUAACGGUGCCAUCUGCCGUUGAAAUUUUCACUUACCCGAACAUAACUGCAGGCGAUCGCAAAGCGCCGCUACUAGAACUGGCUAGUGCUAUCGGUUCCUUCGCCACCGACCGGGGUACCAUCUCUACUGAGUCGAUCCGAAUGAAGCGGUCGCUUUAUGAAGCCGUCUAUCGUCCGCUGGAGAUCAAGAAUCACUUCACCGUCCUCGUGCACAUGCAACAUCCGAAUUCCAUAGGUUUCGUGAAACUACGAAGUGUCAAUCCCCUGGAAGAACCUAUAAUUCAACCGAACUAUUUCGCCGACCCGAGCGACGUCGAUGGAAUCCUGGCAGGUAUACGCGAAACGCAACGUAUUAUCGAAGGCCCGUUGAUGAAGAAGUUCCGAGCGCGAAUAUGGGACCGCCAGCUUCCCAACUGUCGCCAUCAUCCGCCGGCUUCGGACGAGUACUGGCGAUGUGCCAUCCGGACGCUGUCGGUAUCCUUCGCACACUUCAUGGGAACGUGCCGGAUGGGACCGUCACGGAACGAUGCGGUCGUUUCGCCUGAGCUGUUGGUGCAUGGCAUCGAAGGACUGCGGGUCGUAGACACCAGUGUUAUUCCGGAGCCGGUAUCGGGACACACGAUGGCGGUGGCUUACAUGAUUGGAGAAAAGGCGGCCGAUCUUAUCAAACGACAAUACAACAAACCGAUUAUUAUUUGA